GAUGGCGGUAAUGAUAUCACUCACUCAUGAAUGUCUCAUCAGCUAGCAGAACCGAAAAUCACAAAAAAGAUGGCCGCCAAGGAUGCACUUUCCAAGCAUUUCUGCAUUCUGUCUGUCAUGUUCCUCUUGAUCAACCGCGUAAUGUGCCUUCCCAAGGAUGAAGACAGGAAGGUCUACAUAGUUUACCUCGGUUCUCUUAAUCCAACUGAAACAUAUUCCCCGACUUCUCAGCAUCUCAGUUUGCUGCAACAUGUUGUCAAGGACCAGAGGUCCGCUUCCGCUUCACUCAUCAGAAGCUACAAAAGGAGUUUUAAUGGUUUUGCUGCUAAGCUCACUGAAAAAGAGGCACAGAAGCUAGCCAGCAAGGAUGAAGUAUUCUCAGUGUUUCCUAGCCAAACUUUCUACGUGCAGACCACAAAAUCAUGGGAUUUCAUCGAAUUGUCCAAGACAGCAAAACGGAUGCCCUCCAAAGAGGGCAACAUUAUCAUCGCAGUCUUGGACUCCAGUGCUUAUCCCGAGUCCGAAUCAUUCAGUGACAAAGGCUUUGGCCCCCCUCCUCGCAAGUGGAAGGGCUCCUGCAAGGGUGGAUCCAACUUCACUUGCAACAACAAGCUCAUCGGAGCACGAAAUUAUGUAUCUGAUGAGGAUUCUGCACUCGACGGUAAUGGACAUGGGACACACACGGCCUCGACUGCUGCCGGCAAUGCGGUGGAAGGGGUCAGCUUCUUCGGAAUAGCUAAUGGAACAGCUCGAGGAGGGGUACAGUCCUCCAGGAUCGCCAUUUACAAGGUAUGCGAUUCACGGGGUCAUUGCGACGGCAAUGGAAUUUUGGCAGCCUUCGACGACGCGAUCGCAGAUGGAGUGGACAUCAUCACUGUUUCACUGGGCAAUGUGGUGCCUUCUCCUUUUAACGAAGAUCCUGUCGCGAUAGGAGCUUUCCAUGCGAUCUCAAAGGGUAUCCUGGUGACUCAAGCUGCGGGAAAUUUGGGGCCCUCUGCGGAAACAGUGACCAGAGUCGCCCCGUGGAUCCUCACUGUGGCGGCUAGCACCGUAGAUAGGCUGUUCAUCACCAAGCUUGUCCACUCCACCAAGGAUGGAUUUUUCCGGCUUUCUUGCAUUCUCUUCGCCGUGUUCCUGUUGAUCAAACAAUGUUAAUAUGCCUGUCCCAGGAUGGACAGAGGUAAUUUCCUUCGAGUCAGUCUCCGAGAAGAAGUCUUUCACCAUUGAGAUUUUAUCAUAUGUGUAAAUAUUAUUUAAUAACCAUAAUUUUUUUAAAAUAAAAAUUAAUAUUUCAUCA